CGCCAUUUUGCAAGCGUCAGUGGACGGCGUGUUGGGUCGGGUUUCCGAACUAUUGUGGUACUAAUAGCUCCACGACAAUAUUGUUAUUGGUUUGUUUUAGUGUAAUAUGUCGUAUCAAUCUAGUGUAGCGCAAGAUUCAUUAGCUGCGGCUCAACUCGAAAUGGCCGGUAACCCCAAUUUAUCUCUGCGUCGGCCAUUCGACCCGGUCGCUCAUGAUUUGGAGGCGAGUUUCCGAUUGACUCGAUUUGCGGAUUUAAAGGGAAGAAGCUGUAAAGUACCCCAAGAUGUGUUGGGUAAACUUGUGGAGUCUCUUCAGCAAGACUACUCGCAGCAGGAGCAAGAUCAGUUUAUGCAUGUGGCGAUUCCGCGCAUCGGCAUCGGCUUGGAUUGCUCGGUGACGCCGCUGAGGCACGGCGGGCUUUGUUUGGUGCAAACUACUGACUUUUUUUACCCUCUCGUCGACGAUCCUUACAUGAUGGGUAAAAUCGCGUGUGCCAAUGUUCUAAGCGAUCUCUACGCAAUGGGUGUGACUGAAUGUGACAAUAUGCUAAUGCUUCUUGGCGUCUCUACCAAAAUGACCGAAAAGGAGCGCGAUGUCGUCAUUCCUCUCAUCAUGAGAGGUUUCAAGGAUUCUGCUCUGGAAGCCGGCACCUCUGUGACUGGAGGGCAAACCGUUAUCAACCCCUGGUGCACCAUUGGGGGGGUUGCCACCACUAUUUGCCAGCCUAACGAAUACAUUGUACCCGACAACGCCGUUAUGGGCGACGUAUUGGUGCUCACCAAGCCUCUGGGCACCCAAGUUGCAGUAAAUGCCCAUCAGUGGCUCGACCAGCCUGAACGUUGGAACAGAAUAAAGCUGGUUGUAUCUGAAGAGGAUGUUCGUAAAGCUUACCAUCGAGCUAUGGACUCCAUGAGCCGGCUGAACCGUAUUGCAGCUAGGCUGAUGCAUAAAUACAAUGCUCAUGGCUCCACUGACGUUACUGGUUUUGGUCUGCUUGGCCAUGCACAAAAUUUGGCAUCUCACCAGAAAAAUGAAGUCUCAUUUGUUAUUCAUAAUCUGCCUGUAAUCGCCAAGAUGGCAGCUGUGGCAAAGGCUUGUGGAAACAUGUUCCAGCUGCUUCAAGGACAUGCUCCAGAGACUUCUGGAGGACUGCUGAUCUGCCUGCCACGUGAACAAGCUGCUGCAUACUGCAAGGAUAUUGAAAAGCAAGAAGGCUACCAAGCUUGGAUUAUUGGAAUUGUUGAGAAGGGCAACCGCACUGCCCGCAUCAUUGACAAGCCCCGAGUCAUUGAAGUACCGGCCAAGGACUAAAUUGACAUUUAUUGGAGAUAUCUCAACUUUAAAAUAUCUAUUUGACUUACGAGGCCUAGUCGGAAACUUUAUUAAACAAUUUGAUUAAUUGUCACAGGUCUAGGUCUCUGCAUUUUUAUGUUUUAAGUUCAUUUUUCUCUAUCGCUGAUGUUAGUUAACAGACAGCCAGUCAAGAUUUUAUUUGUGAGAAUCAAUAUAAGAAAGCUUUUAGACUUGAUCUAGUUAGUAUUUGGUGUUUAUAAUUUUAAGUAAGAUUUAUCACUAUUAAAAUUAAGAGAACAAUUCCAUUAGGUACCCAUUAACAUCUAACAUUUGUUUGCAGCUUGUCAAUGAGAACAUUUCUGCAAAUUGUGAGAUAAGUAUAAUUAUUAGAAUAAAGUUAUUUUUCAGUCAA